AUGCAAGAAGUUGUGCUUGCGUGGCUGCCGGUGCUCCUCACAUACGCUUUGCAGGCGGCCUUCUUGCUGGUCGUGCUGGCAGCUUCAGUAGAGUUUGUAAGAUCGGCAUGGCGACAGCGAAAGCUGGAGCGCUCUAAUGACGAAGUGGGAGAAGCGAUCUCAGGAAGCGAGAGCACCGGUAGCCCAGCUCAAACUUCGUUGCAAGCAAGCCAAGCUCACCUGGAAAUUAAACAGGAGCUGGCUGCGGAAGAAGAGAGAAAGAGAAGGGCGCGGGAGGUCCGAGCAAUUGCAGAAGCAGAGACCGCUGCACGUAGGGAGACAGACCUGACGGUACGUUUGCAUCAAGCGCGCGAGAGUCAGCAGGAGAGGCAGAAGGCAGAGGCGGCCCGGAAAGCUGAGGAGGCCCGGUUGAAGAAGCUGGAGGAAUUGAGAGAGAGAGAACAGGAGGUGCUGCAGGCCAAGGCGGCCCGGUUGGAGGCCCCGGGGAACCCCAGCCGCCCGGGACAAGAGUUCGAAGAAGCACGGAGCAAAGAGAGGGAGCUGAGACAUCGGCAGGACGCCGCGUUCCAGGCGGCGCUCGCGGCGGACCGCGCGAGGGACGCGGAGCUGAAAAGGAUUGCCGACGAGCGGGAACGUGUCGAAAAGGGCGCGGCUGCACUGGCGGAACGGAAACGGAAGGAACGGGCGGCCUGGGAGGAGCGCAAACGGAAGUUGCGAGAGUCCCUCCCGAUUGAGCCGCCUCCAGGCACCCCUGGCCGCAUCGCGCUCUCUGUGCGGCUGCCGAAUAACAGCUCCUUCCGGCGCGCUUGGUCGCCUGACUCUCCCCUGGCCGAGGUCUAUGUUUGGGUUGACUCCUUGGAAGAGAUGAGCGUCCAUCCAGGCGAGUACCAGCUUGUAACAACUUUUCCAAGACAAGUCUUAGAGAAGCUCGAAGGUGGGGACGGACAAAGGGUCCUCCUCUCAGAAUUGGCAAUGUAUCCAAGCGCAGCGCUUGUAGCGGAAGUACUGUGA